CCCCCAGUCUGCAGAGCUGUGGGUGUUGAAAGAUUGCGCAAUCUUCACAAAGACAUAUUGCUAAAAAUGCUACGGAGGUAAAACCGUGAGUUUGCACGGCAGCCUUACUAUCUGCAUUAUUGUUGCCGCAUGCGGCACUCGGCCGGUGAGCUAGACUCCGCUGAUUUAUAGGAAAAAUGGUCUUAGAAGAUGUGAGUAUGUUACGAAUCUCAGCUUGGGAAAAUGAGCCUGGUUUACCUAAAUGAAUCCUAAAUGCAACAAGUUUGCCAAAGAGAAGCCAAGGGUUGUUUGAUAGAGAUCCUCAGGAGGAGAAUGCUGUGAAUCCUCUGUGGUAGACAUCAGAGUGAAGGGGUUACAGCGAGCAGAUGGCACCCGCAGAAGCGUGACACAGCAAAGACCACCUCUGGCGCUUUCGCGGGGUUCCCUGCCCUUCGGACAUCUUGAUGCCCAGAGAUCUCAUCUCAGCCUCGUAACCUGCGGGACUCUGCGAGAAUAAAUUUCUGGGCGGAUUGUGGACCAUGGACAGUUUUACUGAGGGAGACCUCACUGUGGCAGAUUAUGCCUUGUUAGAGGAUUGCCCUGACGAGGAUGAGUGUGCCUUUGCUCCUGAAUUUAUGAUGGAAAAUUAUGUUCCCAUGACUCAGCUUUACUGUGAUGAAGUGGGUACACAGUAUAAAGAUUAUGCUCAAACAGAGACCAAUUUAGAAUUUGACAUCUGCAAUAUAUGGUGUAGUAAACCUGUUUCUGACCUGCACGAUAACUGUGAUGCCAUUAAAAUAUAUAUCUUCUGGCCACUUCUUUUUAAACAUCAGCAUGCUUCUGUAAUACCAAGAUUUCAUCCAUGUGUGGAACCCAGCAAUUCUCAUGCUUCUGAGAUAAGUUUGAGGAAAUUACAAUGUCUUGAGUUGAUGGAAGAUAUUGUGGAUUUGGCAAAGAAAGUUUCGAGUGAUUCAUUCCUUAUUGAAGGCUUAUUGAAAAUUGGUUAUAAAAUAGAGAAUAAAAUGUUGGCAAUGGAAGAAGCUUUAAAUUGGAUAAAAUACACAGGGGAUGUAACAAUUCUACCUAAACUGGGGUCAAUUGACAGUAGUUGGCCUUUGCUAAGUGUUUUCUUUACUGAAUACAAGUAUCACAUAACUAAAGCUGUAACAGAAAACUGCAAUUUACUUGAAGAAUUUAAAACUCAAAGUUGUGCUGAUUGUAUAGAGCAAGGAGAACUCAUGAAAAUGAAAGGAAAUGAAGAAUUUUCCAAAGAAAGAUUCGAUAUAGCUAUUAUCUAUUACACCAGAGCCAUUGAAUAUAGACCUGACAACCACUUCCUUUAUGGUAACCGAGCUCUUUGCUUUCUUCGUACUGGACAGUUAAGAAAUGCACUUGGUGAUGGAAAAAGAGCCACAAUUCUGAAGUGCUCCUGGCCCAAGGGUCAUUAUCGUUACUGUACUGCUCUUUCUCUGCUGGGAGAAUAUGACUGGGCCCUGCAAGCAAACCUAAAAGCUCAAAAGCUCUGUAAGAAUGACCCUGAGGGGAUCAAGGAUCUCAUUCAGCAGCAUAUAAAGUUACAAAAGCAGAUAGAAGACCUACAAGGUCGAACACCAAAUAAGAACCCAAUUAAAGCUUUUUAUGAAAGCAGGGCCCAUUUGACUAGGAAUCUACCGGCACCUGCUUUUAGUACAUCACUGAGCUUUGUGGAGAAGGGAAGAGACUGCGGAAAAGCAAACCAGAAAAUGGCGUACGGAGGCAGUGAAAACAUACGGGAAUAUGAGUAUUUCAGAUUCGAUGAUUGUGACUGCCAGUCUGAAUUUAUACAAACACCAAGUCAUCCUCCAAGACAUAGAGGAAGACAUAGAUCCAGAAACAAUGACUCAGACAAAGUCAACUCUAAUUCAGAAGUAGCUUUGUCAAUAGAUUGGAAAAAGCUGUUAGAGAGAGAGUUUUCUAAAACUUCCAGAGCUGCUCAACAGGACUUUACUAACAUUUUGAAAAUGCUGAGAAGCUUGAUUCAAGACGGUUACACGGCCUUGCUGGACCACCGCUGCCGCUGUGCCGCACAGUCCUUCUCAGAGUUGCUGAAUAGCCUGGAUCCCCAAAAAAUAAAGCAAUUGAACCUGGCUAUGAUUAACUACGUAUUAGUAGUCUACGGCCUUGCUAUGUCUCUCCUUGGAAUAGGACGACCUGAGAUAUACAUAAUAACGUUCAUCAUUGGGAAUUUGUACCUAUACAUGGUAUAUUUUACUUCUUCUGAGACUGAUUUUUCAAAAAAUAUGCAGGAAUUAUCUGAAGCUGAAAACCAGUUUAAGAGAAUUCUUGAAUUCUAUCCCAAUGAGGGACUUGAUUCCUUGGCCUACUGUGGAAUUGGAAAAGUAUAUUUGAAGAAAAACAGGUUUCAGGAAGCUCUCACUCACUUUGAGAAAGCAAGAACCCUGAUUUACCGUCUCCCUGGAGUGUUAAGUUGGCCCACAAGCAAUGUGGUUAUUGAAGAGUCUCGGCCAGAGAAGAUAAAGAUGAUUUUAGAGAAAUUUGUGGAAGAAUGCAAGUUCCCUCCAGUGCCAGAUGCAGUUUGUUCCUAUGCGAAGUGCCUUGGAGUUUCCAAAAUCCAGAUAUAUGUGACUGAUCCGGACUUCAAGGGCUUUAUACGAAUCAGCUGUUGCCAGUACUGUAAAAUAGAAUUUCACAUGAACUGCUGGAAGAAGUUGAAAGCGACAACCUUCAAUGAUAAGAUUGACAAGGAUUUCCUGCAAGGAGUUUGUCUUACCCCUGACUGUGAAGGUAUCAUUUCUAAGAUUAUCAUCUUUAGCCGUGGUGGUCGUGUGAAAUGUGAAUUUGAACACAAGGUCAUUAAGGAAAAGGUUCCUCCAAGACCUAUUCUGAAACAGAAAUGUUCUAGCCUAGAGAAGCUGAAACUGAAAGAAGACAAAAAACUGAAGAGAAAGAUCCAGAAACAAGAAGCAAAAAAAUUAGCACAAGAGAAAAGGGAAGAGGACUUAAGAGAAAGUAAUCCCCCCAAAAAGGAACAGCAGAAAGAACCUGUAAAGAUUGUUCAGAGAUGUCCGUUCCUCGAUGACAGAAUUCUGCAGUACCUGAAGCAGUCCUCUGAUAAAAUUAAAUCCGGUGUCCUGGACGCUCCCAAGCUCCUCAGAGAAUUGGUUGCAUGGAAAGUUAUGACCACCGAGGACUACGCGACCUGCUUCUCUAACAAAAAUUUCCCCACUGAAGCAGUGGACGACGUCCUCAGCUACUUGAUUAAAGAAAAUAACAGAGUAAAAACGAGAAUAUUUUUACACGUUUUGUGCGAGCUUCAGGAAAUGGAGCCCAGCGUAGCCAGCUGGCUGCAGAAGCUGAAUGGCUUUGGCUUAGAUGCCACAGGAACUUUUUUCACCCGACAUGCAUCAUUUCUGAAGGACCUUGACUUUACCAUCAUGACUUUCCUCUGGAAUGAGAAAUACGGCAAUAGACUGGACUCCAUAGAAGGAAAGUCCCUGGAGUACUUCUGUGAGCCCACGUCACUGAAGGAAGCGCGCUGUUUGAUCUGGCUGCUGGAGGACCACAGGGAAAAGUUCCCCGCGCUGCAGGGCGCGCUGGAUGAGUUCUUUGAUGUAAUGGACAGCCGCUGUACUGUGCUAAGGAAACAAGACCAUGAAGAGCCGAUAACUUCUACCAAGACCAAGAACAAAGGCAAGAAGAAGAAGCAAAAAGAUACAAAGCUGAUGGUAAUUGGGUCUGUAACAAGUUCGCUAGCACCAAAUAAUGAGACUUCCACUUCAAGUCACGACUCUAACAGACGCAAAGGAGACCCCACUGGCCCAUUCGCAGUGCCUGAGCACCUCCGGCAAGAAAUAGAGGAGUUCGAGGCCCUCUACGAGCAGGAGCGUGUUAACGGUCAUUUCUCUCAGUAUGCAGAGGAAACUGGCCCUGUGGAAAUAGGAAACAGGAUACUCACUGAAGAAUACGAGUUUUUCCCAGAAGAAACUCGAAAGAUCUUGGAAAAAAACGGAAGCUUGAAGCCUUUUCUCCUGGGAUGCCCAAGUUUUGUGGUGAUUGACAACUGUAUUGCCCUGAGAAAGGUUACAUUGCGGCUCAAGAAAAGAAGAAAGAGGAGAAAUAUGAAAGCAAAGGCAGACGAGGUUUCAAAAAUAGAAGAGUAUUUACAAGCUAAGCCGUCCAACCCAGCUGCUGGCGGCACUCAACCAGAUGGACAGUCCAACCCGGCAUCUGUCACGGCCUCAGCACCAGCCUCGAAGGACGCCAAGCCCAUGCUGGCACCUGCUGACCCCCCAGGUCCCGUCUGUGAAGACAGGGAGCCAAGGUCUGGGCCUGAGAGCUCUUCCAGCUCAGUUUCUGAAGUCGAGAAGCCUGAAGGAGUCUCUUGUGAUUCUGCCAAGUUCCUGCCCAAGGCUGACACACCAGCUCCCUGGGCUCAGUCACACGCAGUCACGACAUUCUGUAGCUACCAGCCUUUCCAGGGAGUUGGUGUGAGCCAGACCCCCACCACGGACAUGAGUGUCCUGCUGGGCAUGCCCCAGUACACCAGCAUCUACACGCCCCCCUUGGCCGGCGUCUCCUCUGAAUUCCAGCAGCAGAGAGCAACAGUCCCCCUGAUGCCCUCUCUUACAGCCAAUGACGUGCCGAAGCAGAAUGCCCUCUUGUAUUUUAAGGAUCCCAAUUGGAAUGCUGAGAAGGCUGAUGGUAAACCCAUUGCCUCUGAAACAAAGAUCCCUGAGGACUCUGGAAAGUCACAGCAUGACCCGAGUGAGUCCCACGGAAGCGAGGGGGCAUUGGGGAGCUCUCACAGCAGUCAUGAAGUCACCACAGAAAGUGGCCCACGCGCACAGGAGGUUGCUGUGCAGGUGGCUCCGACCAUGAAACACCAGGAAGUCAAUACCGAGCCGUUCAAGCCUUUUGAGAUGCAGCAGGGGGAUAUUUUACAGACCGAAAAGGAAUACAGUGCCUUACAAGAGCAAUUUAAGGAAGCAUGUAGGAGUUAUGUGCACCUGAAACUCAACAGUUUGGAAGAGGCCAGGGAGCUGGAAGAAAAGCUGAAAAGGAAUCUAGAAGAAAACAAGAUCUCAGAAACAGAAUUAGAUUGGUUCAUCCAAGACUUGGAAAGAGAAAUUAAAAAAUGGGAACAAGAGAAAAAGGAAAUCCAAGACAGACUAAAAACAAUGAAGAAGAAAGUUAAAAAGGUUUUGAAUGCCAGUGAAACGUCUACCCAGAAAAAUGAUGGAGUAGAUAAGGAAUAUGAAUCACGCCCAGAUCAGUCCCUUGAAAACAGUGACACAUUUACAAGUGAGAGGAUGAAAAUAGAAGGCGACAUAAAGAGAGACAGAGAACUGUAUGAAGAAAGUCACCAGAGGGCUCUGUUUGCAGAGGUAUCUGUGCUUGAAAGCUGGAGGGAGGGUGAAAUACAUAAGUUACAGACCAUGGCCUCAAAAGCCGAAGCCCACCUGAAGAGCCUCACGAACAGUGAUUCUGAAGCAUAUCCCAACAAGGAGUCGGACAUACAUUCAUGGGAAUCAUUUCUUUCUAAUGUUGCAAAAGAAAUUACAAAAGCCAAGUCUCAGUUUGAGGACCAAAUCCGAGCAAUCAGGAGUGGGUCCCGGCUCCGAGACCUCCCGCAGGUGCGGGUUUCUGAGCUUUCCUUUCCGGCCUGCAGAGUGGUACGUCCUCAGCUGGCCCCCACGCCCCCAGGGCCGGAAAGUCAGGCACCCUCGACUUCUGUGAGCAGCGCAAGUUCUGCGGGCAGUGCACCUGGGGCGGCCUGCAAGGAGGGUCCCUCGGGGGAGGCCCCACCUGCACCAGCGCCCUCUCAGAAGCCUCCAGAGUCCCCUCAGCAGCCACUGGUGUGUCCUAAACAGCCGCUGGAGUCCCCUCAGCAGCCACCAGAAACUUCUCGGCAGCCACCAGCGUCCCCUCCACAGCCACCAGUGUCCCCUCGACGAGAGGCCCCACCUGUACCAGUGCCCCCUCAGCAGUCACCUAAGUCCCCUCAGCAACCGCAGGCGUCCCCUCGGCAGCCAUCGGCAUGCCCUUGGCAGCCACCAGUGUCCCCUCGGCAGCCACAGUCAUCCCCUCGGCAACCACAGUCGUCCCCUCGGCAACCACAGUCCCCUCGGCAGCCACCAGUGUCCUCUCAGCAACCACAGUCUUCCCCUCAGCAAGCACAAUCAUCCCCUCAGCAACCACAGUCCCCUCGGCAGCCACCGGUGUCCCCUUGGCAGCCAUUGACAUCCCCUCUGCAGCCACCAGCGUCCCCUUGGCGAGAGGCCCCCCCUGCACCAGUACCCCGCCAACAGCCAACGACCCCUCGGCAGCCGGAAGGGGCUCCCCUAGCAGAGCCUAAGAAGGCUGGCCAGGGAGCACCGCCCGUAUGGAGCCCUGAACUGUACCGGAAGAAGCCCGUUACUCCAGGCCAACCUUCCCUCCUGAGCCAGUCUCCAAAGAGGCCGCUCACCCGUAUUAUGGAGCAGUUGUCCGCGAUCUUCCCGUGCUACAACAGCCUUGAGCUCGCCACUUUUAUUAAAAGUGUUCGAAGCAUGGGCACAUUUGCAGGAAUGACCAUUGAUGAGAUUGUCCACAAAGUGACAGAAUACAUUCUAGAUGAGCAGAAAGAGAAAAAGGUCCUCACCCUCCUGUCUCUGCAGCCAAAUCUAAAAAAGGAGAAAGAGAUGCCCAAGGCCAGCCUUGCUGCCUCUGUAACUGCGCCCCCCCAGACUGCAACCCCAGUGAAAACUGGACAACCGACCACUGCAGCACCCACCACCUCGCCACUGAGCACUGUGCCACUGAGCACUGUGCCACCGAGCACGGGGCCACCGACCACUGCACCACUCACCACUGCGCAACUGAGCACUGUGCCACUGAGCACUGGGCCACCGACCACUGCACCACCCACCACUGCACCACCGAGCACUGGGCCACAGACCACUGGGCCAUUGACCACUAGGCCAACAACCACUGCACCACCGACCACUAGGCCACUGAGUGCUGUGCCACCGACCACUGGGCCACUGACCGUUGGACCACCGACCACCUGGCCAGUGACAACUAGGCCACUGACCACUGGGCCACUGACCAUUGGGCCACCGACCAUCUGGCCAGUGACAACUAGGCCACCGACCACUGGGCCACCAACCAUGGGGCUACUGACCACUGCACCACCGACCACUGGGCCACUGACCAUUGGCCCACCGACCACCUGGCCAGUGACAACUAGGCCACCAACCACUGGGCCACUGACCAUUGGGCCACCGACCACCUGGCCAGUGACAACUGGGCCACUGACCACUAGGCUACUGAGCACUGUGCCACCAACUACUGCACCACCAGCCACUACACCAACAACCAGUGGGCCACUGACCACUGGACCACUGACCACAACCAAGGAACAGAAGACAGAUGUCCCUGCACCACGAGCAAACGAGUGUGAGAUCUGCCACGAGGUGUUCAAAUCCAAAAACAUGCGUGCACUCAAAUGCGGGCACAAGUUCCACAAAGGGUGCUUCAAGCAGUGGCUGAAGGGGCAUGGCAGCUGCCCUGCCUGCCGCACCAACGCCCUUGCCCUCAACCCGGGAGCGCCCUGAGCCCGCACCGACCCCACCGUCUGUCAAUCCAGUCGUCCCUCCCUCCGUGUAGUCGCUUCCUCGGUAGCUCAGUUGUGGCGUGAACAGUGUGUCGCCUCCUCUUCACACCCGGGACUGCCGCAGGGGCUGGGGGCCCAGAAGUGCUGUCAGUGCCUCAGAACUGCCCGUGGCCCGCCAGGCUCCCACUCAGCUGGAAAGUCUGCCAGCAGCGCAAGGGCCCGUGGCUCUGCAUUCCUGUCCCCACCCCGCCCCCGGGAGCUGACAGCGGGUCAGUACUGCCCGGACCCGAAGAUCCAGCCUCUUCCUGAGCCCCUGUGUGCCUUUGCUGUUUCCUCCUUUCACUCCCCUGAAGAUUCUUAGUGUUCGUUUUUCAUUAGAGAAGUGAUCUGACUUUUGGAAAUCAGUUUCGGAAUACAUUCUUAGCACAGCCUCUCCCAGCCGGCUGCUAUGGAGGCCGGUGGCACACCCACCACCAUCACCACCACCCCCGCCCCUUCCUCAGCUCCCCUGGAAGUGGAGCUCGUGUGGCCGGCAGUUCCAAGGCAUCUGCGUCCCCUCGCCCGUGCUGCUCAUGUGAAGUGCUGCAUGCCCAGGGACAGCGCAGUGCCUGCUUAGCAGCUAUUUACAGCCCUGACCACGGAGGGACAGUCCACUGCUCCGUCCGGAAGGACCACCAGACACAUCUCGCCGUGUUCUUUGAGAGACCCAUGUGUGUGUGCAGAGAGGGUCCCCGUCCUCUGCCCAAGUCCCUGUGAGCCGCACCGUCCUAGUGCCUCGGCCUUAGCCGCCCCUACCCAGCCUGGCCCGGCGGGGCUGCCCUAGUAUCGUCCGCGUGUUCAUGACUGUGGAGCGCUGUGUACAGCCGUACCCCCAGGGCCAGUUUGCAGCAGUGCGUGUGUGUGCCGUGUGCUCUGUGCUUCCCCGACAGCCUGUGAACCUGCCUUACCCCAAUAAAGUGCACCCAAAAGUC